GAACAGCACCUCCCCAAUCCAGGGAGGGAAACCCUUGAAAAAUUAUAAAUAAAUGAAAAAACAUCUCUAAUAUAACCACUUUCUUGAGGCGUGGCGUGACUUCUGGCGGCCAAGUAGGGAAGAAAUAGAAUAGCCGCUGAUUGAUUCCCCAUUUGGUGAAAUCUUGAAGACCCAGAAGGAUAUGCUGUAUAAAACUCUGUUUUAGAUAAAAUUCUGUGUAAAACCCUAUAUUUUAGGUGAGAUCUUGAAGACUCAGAGAGGAUAUCCUGUAUUGUAUACAACUGUGUUUGAGAGAGAGAGCCCAAAUUUUGGAUGAAAUCUUCAAGACCCAGAAGGAGAUACUGUGUUUUGUACAAGUAUGAAGUUGUUCUCAACUGCAAUUUCAGCAUACAGAUACUUUAGCACCAAAACUACUACAAAAGGCCGAAAAUGGACUCCCAACAAGAACAAGAACAAAAUGAAGGAACCCAAAAACCCUAAUAAAAGGACCAGAAUUAAGUGGACUGACCAACAGUCUCAAAUCUUGGAAGCCAUUUCCAAUGGCAAGUCUGUUUUCAUUACUGGGUCAGCGGGUACUGGUAAAACAGUCUUACUCCAACAUAUCAUCAAAAGACUCCAUAAACUUCACGGCCGGGGUAAUGUUUUUGUAACGGCUUCAACUGGAGUAGCGGCUUGUGCUCUUCAGGGCCAGACCCUCAACUCCUUCGCUGGCACCGGACCCGCAUUCACAGAUCGCCAAACUUUGCAUGAUAGGGUUUUUUCGGAUAGUAAGGCUUACCGGAGGUGGAAGAAAGCUGGGGCUUUGGUUAUAGAUGAAAUUAGCAUGGUUAAUGCGCCGUUUUUUGCUGCUCUGAAAUACAUUGCGGAAGAGGUGCGAGGUGAAAAACAAGAAAAUGUAGGAGUAAUAAACAAUGGGUGGGGUGGAAUACAGCUAGUUGUGAGUGGGGAUUUCUCUCAGCUACCCCCAAUCACCAAUCGAGAGAAUUUGAGUGGAAAGGAAUUUGCAUUCGAAGCUGACUGUUGGAAUUCAAGCUUUGACAUGCAAGUAGAGCUUACAAAAGUUUUCAGGCAAUCAGAGGCUCGGCUCAUCAAGUUACUACAGAAUAUAAGAAGAGGGCAUACUGAUCCCGAAGACUUGCAGCUCCUAGAGAAGUGUUGCUCGGAAACAGAUUCAAAUUCGUCACCACUGGUACAGCUCUACCCGAGGAAUGAAGAUGUGAACAAGGUGAACCUGAAGAAAAUGGAGGAAUUAGAGGGGUACAUGUAUGUUUAUCGUGCUCUUGAUUGUGGCGAUGAUGAUGCUUCGAAGAGGCAGCUUAAACAGGGGAUCGCAGCCGAUGAACUUAUACUAAAGGAAGGUGCGAGGGUGAUGCUGACUAAGAAUUUGAAUACUUGGCGUAAAUUGGUGAAUGGUGCCACUGGUACAGUUAUGCAGUUCUGUGGGCCAUAUGGCGCUGAUGUUUCAGAUAUAUGUAAGGACAAAGUGUUGCCAUUAGUUAAAUUUGAUUCGGGGCUGGAGAUGAUUAUUCAUCCAGAAACAUGGGUUGUGAUGGAGGGAGACAAGAUUGUUGCGAAGCGAAAGCAAAUGCCUCUCAUACUGGCAUGGGCUCUGAGCAUUCACAAAUGCCAAGGCAUGACCCUUGACAGCCUUCACACCGAUCUCUCCAAGGCUUUCGGCUUUGGAAUGGUCUAUGUUGCACUUUCACGUGUCCGAAGCUUAGAUGGCCUUCAUUUAUCUGGUUUUGAACCAUCAAAGAUUAGAGCACACCCAAAGGUUAUUCAGUUCUAUCAAGAUAAACAAGUGGAGGAUGAUGGUGUCAACGAGGAUAUAAGUAGCAGCAGUAAUGAUGCAAUCCAUGUUUCGAGCAAGACAAUCUCCAAAGAAAUGAAUAAGAAUCUGAACUGUAAACCAAACUCAUCUCUUAUUAGUUGGUAUAACCGUGUUACCAAGAGAGCAUUGGGGUGACUUCUUGUUAAGUUGUUUGCUCUGCAAAUCGUUGAAUUGAAGGAUUGUUGGUGAAGAAUGCAAGCUGUUUUUGC